AUGUAAUUCAGAUUCUCCAAAUAUUUAUGUUUCUGGAAUUUAUACGUCUUUGUGGUUGCUAGUUACCUGUUUAGAAUAGAUUUAUAUGGGAUAUUUUCCGCACUAGUUAUAAGCAAUAGACCUUUCACCCUUUAAACGUAAAGUACAUCACUUCUAACAUAUUCAUUAUCUACAGAAAGCUUUAGCUUGCCACACGUUCUAGUUAAGCACAAAUACUGGGUAUAGUAAUAAUAUUAGCAGGAGGUUGUGCAGUCCCCUUCGGUGCGUCACCCUGCUGGUGCUUCUUCCCAGUUAAGCUGCCCACAAGCCCCUCCCCCUGAGCCUGCACUGCCCCAGGAGAGUCAAGGAGCCGACUAGAUAAAAGGGGCUCAGAGCAAGUAGCUCGCUUUGUGCUGUUUAACUUGGCCUUGAUUCAUUCGUGGGGGAAGAAAGGGGGCGUGGGUUUUCAUUUCGGUACAGACUUUCCUGGUGGUCGUGACUUUUGACAUUGGUUUUCUUCCUUCUUGUAGUUACAAAGCUGGGAUUCUGGGUAAAUGCCCGCUUGUUUGCUGUGUUCAGUGUGUCUUUGGCUGUUUAGAGGACUCAAGAAUGCAGUUGGGGGGCACUGUAUUGUCGAGUGUUGUAACUCAUCAACACCCCCAUCACGGUCUGUCUAAAGCAUUUUAUCGUUCUACUAAUUCAGCAGAAACCGGCUCCGUUACAGAGUACCAAGAGGACAGUGAACAGUCCAUGGAGCAAGACAGAUCUUCGUCUGUCGCUAUACCGGGAGGAGCCAAGAAAUUCUUAUUGGGCAGCAGUAUGUUAAGUGAAGGAGAACCAGAAACGUUUACCAAAACGGCUGUAGAUGGACCCCGCAACAAGGGUAGCUCUCCCAGUGCUCUUGGGGAGGACCACUCCUUGGCUGGCGAUGGGCGUUAUAACCUGGAAGGUAUCCCACCUGUUGUGGGGGCGGGGACAGCAGUAUGUCCUGAACGUUAUUUUCUGACUGCGGGAACGGCUGCUGGGGCCACAAGUGAUGCUGCGGGGCCCUGUAGCGCCCUCUUCCCUUAUGGGACUACUGCCGCUGGCUCUGUAUAUGCGAGCCCCAACGGCCCCCGUUACCAUUCUACAAUAUCGUACAGCUCUAUGUUGCCACCGGCCGCCUUUGCAUCUUCUGUGUGCCCUGGGCGGGGGCAAUUCCCGACUGGGUACGCGCCGUAUGGACAGCAUGGGUCAAUGAGCGGACCCAGUUUAACAGGGGCUGGAGGCCCAGCCGCUGCGCUUUAUUCGCCUUAUCAAACUCCUGGUGCCGCGCUGGCUUCCUUGGCUGUACCUGGACCAGUAGGAGCUGGGAUUCGAGCUCAGGUGUUCCUGUGCAACAGACCACUUUGGCUCAAGUUUCACCGCCAUCAAACUGAGAUGAUAAUCACAAAGCAGGGCAGGCGAAUGUUUCCUUUCUUGAGCUUCAGCAUCACUGGUCUGAAUCCUACAGCUCACUACAAUGUUUUUGUGGAAGUUGUUCUGGCAGAUCCCAACCACUGGAGAUUUCAAGGAGGCAAAUGGGUGACCUGCGGCAAGGCAGAUAACAAUAUGCAAGGUAACAAAGUGUACGUUCACCCGGAGUCCCCUAAUACAGGGACACACUGGAUGAGACAGGAAAUUUCCUUCGGUAAACUGAAGCUCACCAACAACAAGGGUGCGAACAACAACAACACACAGAUGAUUGUGCUGCAGUCCCUGCACAAGUAUCAACCGCGGCUCCAUAUCGUAGAGGUAACCGAAGAUGGUGUGGAAGAUAUAAGCGACUCUUCGAAAACACAAAGCUUCACAUUCCCCGAAACUCAGUUUAUAGCAGUUACAGCAUAUCAAAACACAGACAUCACACAGCUCAAAAUCGAUCAUAACCCGUUUGCCAAAGGCUUCAGAGACAACUAUGAUUCAAUGUAUACUGCACCUGAGAGUGACAGACUGACUCCAUCACCUACAGACUCUCCCAGAUCUCACCAGAUUGUGCCUGGCACCCGUUAUAGUGUCCAGCCUUUCUUCCAAGAUCAGUUCAACAAUUUGCCACCAGCCCGGUUCUACAAUGGAGAAAGAACAGUUCCGCAGACAAAUGGUCUCCUUUCCCCACAACAGCUUGAAGAAGUACCUAAUCCGUCUCCACAGCGAUGGUUUGUUACUCCUGUUCAACAAUCUGGGUCAAGCAAAUUAGACCUGACAUCUUACGAGGCAGAUUACUCUUCUAGCCCCCUGCUACAGUACAGUAUCAAGUCUCUACCACUCCAGCCGUCCCAUGCCUUAGGAUAUUAUUCAGACCCUGCUUUUGCAUCUGUGACUGGCUGGGGAACCCGGGGAUCUCCCUACCAGAGAAAAAUGACACCUGGUUUGACUUGGCCUUCAAGAACAAGCCCUCCUGUUUUUCCAGAGGACCAUUUGCCAAAUAAAGACAAGGUUAAGGAGGAAGCCACCUCCACAUGGAUUGAAACCCCUCCUUCAAUAAAAUCUCUAGAUUCUACAGAUUCUGGCAUAUAUACCAAUGACUGCAAGAGGAGAAGGAUAUCGCCUAGUAGUUCAAGCACUGAAAAUUCCCCAACAAUUAAAUGUGAGGACAUUGGCUCAGAUGACUAUGGGAAAGACCCUUCAAAAGCCCUGGGCUAUUAUGCAUUUUAUACAAGUCCUUGAAAGUCCUUAAAAUUAAUACUUUUCAAACUAAUCUGUUUGAAACUGAGUGCCAAAAAGACACUAGUCUUCUGUCUUGAAAUGACACGUGUGCAAUUCUCUGAAAAGAGCCAAAGCUUCCAAGCUGCUGUUUAAGUGAAAGGACAGUGUGUAAAUGUCAACGCUCAUUUAAGAGGAGUGCACAGGGAGUUUGUAUACCUACAUUUUUUUUACUAUUUAUUUAUUGAAUAUUUACAAUUGUGCUGUGUGUGCAGUGCAGAUAUGGUAUCUUGUACAGAUAGUCUAAAAUGGUGUUAGAAAUAAGUUGGUGCUUCUAUUUUGAUUACAGGGUUUAAUGGAGAAUUGCUCACUUAGACAGGGUUCAAUUAGCUGUGUAGUCUUUGAACUGUUAGGUGGGUUUUAAAUUAUAUGCGUGGUGGACCUGAAACCUACUUGGGAUUCAGAAUGCAGAUGCAUCCACUUACAUGCACACCAGUAGACUGGAAACUCACAAUUUGUAUGUCUGACCUCACCAUAUUAAAAUGUGGGCAGAUGAAACAUUGUCGGUGGUGGGAGAAGCACAUGAGCCCUUUUUAAAGGGGCUUGCAUAUGUGUAACUACAUAAUCCACGUAAAGCAAAAUAAGGUUCUUGCCCUUUAAAUGUGCACUAGGGAGCUAAUGCAAAAAUGUAUUCAAUGCACUAACAAAUGGUUCCAUGUAAGAGUGUAUGGGGUAGUAAUUUUAGUUUGAAAUUCAUUAAUUUUAACCCUCUUGAUUAAUGCAUUACAAAAAUGUAAAUAGCUGUAAAUAUUUGAAACCUAAUAUGAGCAAAACUCUGCAUUAAAACAUUUAUAUUUGCAUUUAAUGUUGGCCAGUAGGUUUGAUUCAUGUAAUAAAUACAUCCUUAGAAAAUGG